GACGAGGCUUCUUCGGUCAGAGUUUCACUUUCAUCGCCGCUUCCUUCCGACCUUCCAGCUGGAGCUCUCUUACGCGUGGGACCCAACCCGAGACCUGGCGAUCCUGUUCCCGGCUUCUUCGAUGGUGACGGCAUGAUCCAUGGUGUGGUAAUACCCCCCAGCGAUCAAGGGAAGGGUUCCGAUUAUGUGUUCUAUGGGAGGAAGUGGGUACGCACGCGAGCGUUCAAGAUCGAGGAAGAGAAGCAGGAGGUUCUUUUCGAAGGCAUCAUGUGUGCUCCAAGAGGCUGGCCCAUUGUGAAGGGACUCAUGUCAAACUUCAUCCGGACUGGCUACCCGUUGAAGGACACCGCCAACACUGCCCUCUCGUUCCAUGCAGGAAGGAUUCUUUCUCGGAUGGAGCAGGGACUGCCUUCCGUCAUCUCUGUAUCCCGGGACGCCACCAUAGAGACGGUUGAGGGAGCGAGCAACCUUGAUGGAGGCGUGCCCUUCGAGCCUCUAACGGGAGGGGCCCUGGCAGCCCAUAGCAAGAUUGAUCCCGUCACCGGAGAGAUGAUGAGCGUCACUUAUGUGAGCGGAGUCUCUACCCAUGCGAGGCACGACGUAUGGGACUCUCAGGGUGAGAAGGUUGUCAAGGGGGAGGGAUCUCAGAUCCCUCUGCCAUCUGGUGUCAUGAUCCAUGAUCUUGCCAUCACGCCCAAGUACUCGCUCAUCCUCGACCUGCCUCUCACCAUCGACCCCUUUCGCUCCAUCUUGGAUCGUUUCCCCGUCCAGUACGACGCCAACAGAGUGUCUAGGAUCGGCUUGAUGCCUCGUCAUGGUGGAGCAGAUGACGUGAUUUGGUGCGACGUCAAGCCCUGUGUUGUGCUGCAUACAGCCAACUCGUAUGAGCGAGAGGAUGGCAAGGUGGUGCUCUACGCAUUCCGUUCGGUCCCUGAGACUGCUGAAUCCUACAUCAUCGACUACACUGUCGCUUGUCUCUACGAGUGGGUCCUCGACCCGGAGACGGGCAAGUGUGUAUCCGAGCGGUACCUCUCGACCUUGCCCCUGGAGUUUCCCAUGAUCAAUCAAGCCUACACGGGCAAAGUCAACCAGUUCCUGUACGCCAUCGCGCCUUAUGCGUGCGGGGGGCCCGUGAAAGAUUACUCAACGCCCCGAGAGACUCUGAUCUUCAAGAGCCUCGCCAAGCUCGACAUGCACAGCGGCGAAGUUCUCAACACCUUGUGGAUGCCAGAGGAUCAGUACCUCGUGUCCGAGCCCACCUUCGUGAACAAGGUCGGAGGGAAGAGCGAGGACGAUGGUUACCUGCUCUGUAUCAGCUCGACGGUGAAAGAUGGCAAGAGGAAGGAGGAUGGAUCUUUCCUCAACAUCGUUGACGCCAAGGACUUGUCUUUGAAACAGAGCGUUCCUCUUCCUUCCAGCGUUCCCUACGGCCUUCACUCUGAGUUUGUUCCCUGGGCCGGUUUGAAAUGAUAUGCGUGUACAUGUAGCAGAACAUAGUUUGCCACCGACUGCGUGUAAAUUUAUGAACAUCCUC